GGCAUGGAGCCUGUCUUUGCAUUCCUACAUGUGGUAAUAGCCAUGAUUAAUUUUUCCACAGCUAAUGAGAGUGCAUGCAGCAUGCAAGGAGAGCCUGUAUACCCACAUUUAUGGAAAAAUGGUGAUAUUAUUGUUGGAGGGAUUUUCCCCUUUCAUAGCAGUUGGGAAAUCAGAGACUUAUCCUAUGUGACGAUACCACCUCCACUAAAAUGCAUGAGUCUUGAUUUCAGAGCCUUUCAGUAUUCACAGGCUUUGAUAUUUGCAGUAGAAGAGAUCAACAACAGUUCUUCCUUACUGCCUGGAGUUUCACUGGGUUACAAGAUCUAUGACACAUGUAGUUCCAUGGCAAGGGGGGUAAAAGUGGCAAUGGAACUUAUUAAUGGAAAUGAGAAAGCGGAAUCAAAUGAGAUCUGUACAAAGCCAGCCCAGGUACAAGCCAUAAUCGGAGACACAGCCUCCUCACCGUGCAUGGCCAUUGCAAAAAGUAUUGGCCCUUUUAGCAUCCCUAUUAUCAGUCACUAUGCCACUUGCGAGUGUCUCAGUGACAAAAGGAAAUAUCCGUCAUUUCUGCGCACUAUUCCCAGUGAUUAUCAUCAGAGCAGAGCACUGGCAGAAAUGGUCAAACACUUUGGAUGGACCUGGGUGGGAGCAUUAAGAACUGAUGAUGAUUAUGGGAACAGUGGAAUGGCCACUUUCUCUAAAGUUGCAGAACAAUUGGGUGUCUGCUUAGAAUAUUCCCUUCCAUUUUUUAGAACCUACUCAAAAGAAAAAGUGCUGAGAAUCGUGGAGCAAAUCAAAAGUGCCACUUCUCGAGUCAUAGUGGCUUUUCUUGCUCAUUGGGAUUUGGAGAUCUUGCUCCAUGUGUUUUUUGAGCACAACAUCACUGGUUAUCAGUGGGUAGGAACAGAGGGCUGGAUCUCAGAUUCUGCUGUAGCCACACUGGACAAGCACAACAUUCUGCAAGGAGCCAUAGGGCUAGCUAUUCCCAAAACAAAGGUGAUGGGUCUGAAGGACUUCAUUCUAGAUAUAAAUCCACUGAAAUCUGCAGGAAGUGAAAUUUUUACUAAAUUCUGGGAGGCUAUGUUUAAGUGUAAAUACCCUACUCAGAAUGGUUCAGUAGAUACAAAAAUUUGCACAGGCAAUGAGAAACUGUCUGAUGUAGAAAACACAUUCACAGACAUGUCACUGCUGCCUAUUUUCAAUAAUGUCUAUAAGGGGGUGUAUGCUGUUGCCCAUACCCUACAUGACCUUCUUGACUGCAAGCAAACAUGUCCUACGAAGAAGCAACCUGAUCCUCUUACAUUUCUAGAGCACCUCAAAAGAGUGCGUUUUGAAACUAGUGAGGGAGAAGAAGUUUAUUUUGAUAUAAAUGGUGACCCUGCUGCAAAAUAUGAAGUAAUAAACUGGCAAAAAAGUAAGGAACACCAACAUGAAUUUAUCACUGUUGGCCUGUAUGACUCAUCUUUUCCUGUUCAUGAUCGAUUAAAUGUAAACAUGACCUCAAUUACAUGGGCAGGAGAUACCAAUAAGACACCGAUAUCUGUGUGCAGUGAGAGCUGUCCUCCUGGGACAAGGAAAGCUGUACAGAAAGGGAAGCCUAUCUGCUGUUUUGACUGCAUACCAUGUGCUGAAGGAGAAAUCAGUAACAUGACAGAUUCUAUUGCAUGUGAUCAGUGCCAACAAGAUUACUGGUCAAAUCCACAUAGGAACGAAUGUGUAAAGAAGGAAAUUGAAUAUCUGUCUUAUGAUGAAAUUAUGGGGAUUUUACUAACAACUAUUUCUGCUAUUGGUACAUUUAUGACUGUAAUAAUAGCAAUCAUAUUCUUUAGAUAUAAAAAUACCCCAAUAGUCAAAGCCAACAACUCUGAGCUGAGCUUUCUGCUGCUCUUCUCAUUGGCUCUUUGUUUCCUUUGUUCACUUACUUUCAUUGGUCAACCAUCUGAUUGGUCCUGUAUGUUGCGCCACACAGCGUUUGGGAUUACAUUCGUCCUCUGCAUCUCCUGUGUUCUAGGGAAAACAAUAGUGGUGUUAAUGGCCUUCAGAGCAACACUUCCAGGCAGCAAUGUCAUGAAAUGGUUUGGGCCUCCACAGCAGAGACUCAGUGUUCUCGCUUUCACUCUCGUACAAGUCCUUAUUUGUGUGCUUUGGUUGACAAUAUCCCCUCCUUUCCCCUUCAAAAAUCUAAAGCAUUAUAAGGAAAAGAUCAUUCUAGAAUGUCAUUUGGGCUCAACCAUAGGUUUCUGGGCCAUUUUGGGUUAUAUAGGACUUUUGGCUCUUUUGUGCUUUAUUUUAGCCUUUUUAGCUCGGAAGUUGCCUGAUAAUUUUAAUGAAGCCAAGUUCAUCACAUUCAGCAUGCUCAUAUUCUGUGCAGUAUGGAUCACUUUUAUUCCAGCUUAUGUCAGUUCUCCUGGAAAAUUCACUGUAGCUGUGGAGAUAUUUGCUAUUUUGGCCUCAAGCUUUGCUUUACUGUUUUGCAUAUUUCUUCCAAAAUGUUAUGUAAUUUUAUUAAAGCCAGAGAAGAAUUCUAAAAAGCAUAUGAUGGGGAAGAAUUCUUCAAAAUCUUAG